AUGUGGAUCUCACUCCUGGCUUUUCUAACGGUCGGGCUCGUCUCGCUGCACAAAUGCCAGCGGCAUCCCGGCCCGGUCCUGGGAAUGAGUCGUAUGCUCGCGGUGAUUGUGCCAGGCUCGGGGCAGCGCCCAGACAACAGAUGUGUCAUAUCAAAUGCAGCAACAUGUACUGCCUGUCUUGCAGUAGGUCCUGAAUGUGGUUGGUGUGUUCAAGAGGAUUUCAUGGCUGAAGCAAAACUGAAAGAAAGAUGUGACAUAGUUUUACAUUUAAUCCAAAGAGGCUGCAAGCCAGAUUUCAUAGAAAGUCCUAACAUUGAUGUAACAAUGCCCAGCAAUGAGGCUAAUAUUCAGGUUAUACCAGGAGAAGCUUCAGUGCAGCUGCGUCCAGGCUCUGAAACAAGUUUUAUGCUGAAAGUCCGCCCACUGGAAAAGUAUCCUGUUGAUCUUUAUUAUUUGGUUGACGUAUCUGCAUCUAUGCAUAGACAUAUAGAACGAUUAAACUCUGUUGGAUUUGAAUUAUCUCAGAAGAUGGAAAAUAUCUCCAUUGAUUUGCAACUUGGAUUUGGAUCCUAUGUAGAUAAAACAGUGUCACCCUAUAUUAGUAUUCAUCCCAAAAGAAUCCAUAAUCAGUGCAGUGAUUAUGAGCUUGAUUGUAUGCCACCUCAUGGUUUUAUUCAUGUUUUAUCACUGACUGACAAAAUAUCAGAAUUCAGAAGUGUAAUUAAUAAGCAGAAAAUCUCUGGAAAUAUUGAUACACCAGAAGGAGGCUUUGAUGCUAUGCUUCAGGCAGUGGUUUGUCAAAACCAUAUUGGUUGGCGCAAAGAAGCAAAGCGUCUACUUCUGAUGAUGACUGAUCAGACAUCUCAUUUGGCUCUUGACAGUAAAUUAGCAGGGAUAGUCAUUCCAAAUGAUGGAAAAUGCCAUUUGAAAGAGAACGUGUAUAUCAAAGCAAACAGUAUGGAGUACCCAUCGCUUGGCCAACUUUCUGAAAAGCUCAUAGACAACAAUAUUAAUGUAAUAUUUGCAGUUCGAGGAAGCCAAUAUCACUGGUAUAAGGAUCUUUUGCCUCUGCUACCAGGAACUAUUGCAAAACAGAUAGAAUCAGAGACAGCAAAUCUUGGGGAUUUAGUAGUUGAAGCUUACAAGAAGCUGCUUUCUGAAGUGAAAAUUCAGGUUGAUAACACCCUCAAAGAUAUACAUGUCAAAGUUACUGCAAUCUGUCCUGAUGGAAGUAGAAAAAUGGGUUCAGAGGGAUGCAAGAAUGUGAAAUUCUCAACUGAAGUAUUCUUUAAUAUUUCUAUUGCCAUGAAAGAAUGUGGUACAACUGGCAGAAGAAACCACGUGAUGAUAAAACCCCUUGGUUUCAAUGAAUCCUCUAGAAUUAACAUCCACAAAAGAUGUGUCUGUCAGUGUGAGGAUAGUGCAAAACACAAAAAAAUCUGCAUCACUGAAACCCCUCAUGAUGAUGAAGUAUCCACCUGCAAGGAUGGAGUCUGUGGUUCCAGUGAAAAAUUAUCUUCAGAGCAAUGUAAGAUGCAACAGGACCAUCUUCUUUGCAGCGGACAGGGAGAAUGUGUACAUGGGAAAUGCAUUUGCUAUAAAAACAAAUAUGGUACAAUAUAUGGCAAAUACUGUGAAAAAGAUGACUUUUCCUGCCCAUAUUAUCUUGGACACCUAUGUGCUGGCAAUGGAGAAUGUGAAGCUGGCAAAUGCAAAUGCUUUAUGGGCUGGGAAGGUGAUCGCUGUCAGUGCGCCUCAUCCUUGCAAAAACACUGCAUGAACUCCAAUGGCUUAAUCUGCAGCGGAAGAGGAACUUGUGUGUGUGGGAAAUGCAAGUGUGCUGACCCAAACAGUUUAGGUCGUUUGUGUGAAUUCUGUCCUUCUUGUAAAAAAGUUUGCAAUGACAUGCACAAUUGUGAAUACUGCCAACAAUUCAACUCUUCACACAAUACACUUGAUCAAUGCAAAAUCUCUUGCAAUUAUAGGAUACAUUAUCUUGAAAAAUCAGAAUGCCUUUCUGAUGAUCCAAGUUAUUUCAGAAUAUUUUUCAUUAUAUUUAUAAUAACAUUUUUGAUUGGUUUGCUUAAAGUGUGCAUAAUCCGUCAGAUAAUUGUAUAUUGUGAUCACAGUAGAAUCAAGACUUCUGCAGGUUACAGAGUGCCUGCAACCAAAAAGGAUAAGACCUUCUUGCCUACUGUUUGUGCAAAAACAGUAACUUAUCGGCGUGAUAAGCCUGAAGAAAUAAACAUUGGCAGGAGACAAGUAAAUGAAGCAUUCAAAUGCAGCUCUUGAAG